AUGUUGGAAUGGUGGAUUAAGACUCUAGCAAUUAGCGCAUUUAAUGCUCCAGAAAAUGCUUUACAAAACGGAGUUCGGAGCAUGCGAAAAGCUGCAGAACAAACUCCGUCCAAUUUCGAAUUAAUGGCUGCACUUUCCGUUACAUUUUUAACUUCUCUUCCUGACUUUUGCAGCGAAGUAAAUCUUGGACCUGACAUUUUGCCAACUCCAGAUUUCGUGGCUCUAUGGCCUCACUUUCGAUGA